UCUGUGUGUUUCACCGCUCUACACCCCACAUCCAUGAUUCGUCCAUAUCCCAUCUUCGAUCUUUCCCACCCAACCUUACAACAACACGUAGCUCGAAGUAUUUUGUUUAUGCUCUUGGUAUGCUUCUGAUGCAAUAAAUUCUGCUGAAAGACUAUACUAUUGAACAACAUUGAAGAUCGCAAAUUUCCUACAACCACAACAUGAGUGUUUCAGACAGCAGUUAUAGCGGUUUCUUAUCGUUACCUACCGAGAUACGAUGCCAGAUCUACGAGUACCUCCUCACCGAAGAACACGCAAUCACAGUCAGUGCUGGUUACACUACGUGCUUUGGCAAUAGAAUCCAGGAUCGCGCACGCAAAAUCGAAAUCCCCGGUCUACCACUCGAUCUCGCGCCGCUGGCACGACGCUAUUACGAUCCGUCUCUCCUCUCGGUCGCGAAACCACCAACGAUUCCUGUUGACAAUGGGCAUAUGGAAGAUAUUGAGGGCGAGAGACUGGGGUUCUCCGCUCCGGUGGCGCUGUUGUUGACUUCUCGAUUGAUCAAUGACGAAUUGACCGAUUGCACGCGAAGACGAUGCCAUAUCGCGCAGGCGCGUUCUACAGUUGAUGCCGAUGGUGUGGUACAAGACGACGGAGAAAAUCAAGAAGGACUAUCACUCUACGUGUCUUAUCCAUACGGUGUCUUGGUGUUGAAGAACCAGUACCCAUACCUCUUGAAACAAGCGCGAAGAGUCUACAUCUCUGGUUAUUACACCCCUCGCCCGGAAAACGGGCUUGAUCCUCGAGAUCCAGACAUGAGCGAUGAUGAACGCUUGACACCUUCUAGUAGUUUCGCCGUAUCAUCCUUCAACGCCCCAGCGUCAGGACCAUCCACAAGCUUCACCCGGUCUGCUAGUAACCCUUCGACACGAUCAGCUCGCCACGGCGUCUCAAUCAAUCCCACACGUCCGCGCCUCCGCCUUGACCCUCCACUCGCCCGCGAAUCCCGACACGCAAAUAACGUGCCUCGGAUAUUCCCGUCCUUCUCCGCGUCCACGUCGAACGAAGCUCUCGCGGCCCUCGCCCACCUCAUCGCCACACUCUUCCCCAAACAUACGACGCCCCUUGCAAAACUCACAACACACAUUCUGUUUCCCGGGGAAAACUCCUACGGCUCCGUCUGGGGUGAUGACAACAGCCCUGUCUCGCACAUCCUACGCAGUAUACGCGGCGGCAAGAUUGCUAUGAAGGUCAUGCGGGGCAGUUUGGGGACAGGACUCAAGUUGACGGCUAGGCCAAAGCCCGAGACCAGAAUUGUGAGCACGAGUUGGGUGAAUUGGAAGAAGGGCGAUAUUGCUGGGAGAGGCGGAGCGAUGAACAUGAGGAGGGCAGGUGGUAGGCUGAGUGUAAGUGAUUUGGAUGCGUUCCUGAUGGGCGAGGAGGAGUCGUAGGGUCAUAGUUUGGUUGAGACUGAAAGGGAAGGGAAGAUUCUGCUGGGCUGACACGGUUACUGCAUGCUGUGUCCAGAUGUGCUGGCCAUUGCUUCUACGAUUCUAUGUACAGUAUAUUACGCUCAAAUUUGCAUGUUCGUCCAAUCGAGCGCUUCGCCAGACUAUGUAGAUAGUCUGUUGGGACUUGGCGUGCUUCAUCAUUUCUGGGAACAUUUCUUCUGCCCUCUCGUGGCUACAAACAACUUUUCCGAUUGUUGGCUCUUCAGCAGUGUAUAG